AUGGCAGAUGUGAGAGAAUAGAGAAUAUAUUGUGCUGAAUAAAUUGUAGUACCUCCUGAAUUACCAGUGAUAUUGAAACAUUAUGCAAAGGAAGUUAUUAGAAAUAAGCCAGGAGAUGUUGUAGACUUCUCUGCAAAAUAUUUUAGAUCAUUAUUAGAAAAAAGAGGUAACUGUUUUGUUUAAUUUGAAUUUUCUUAGCCAAAGAACAUGAAUUUUCUGAGAUAGUAAAACAAUGAAACCAAUAUUAAUUAUAAUUAGAAUAUAAAUUAUCUCAUUUUUUAGUUUUCAUAUCACUAGCUUAUUAUGAAUCAUGUUAAGCUUUAAGUUUUUUAAUUUUAUCUUCCAAAUGUCUUUUAUCUUAUUCUCUUCUUUUUUAUAAUCUUUAUUAACUNGGACAUUAAGGUAAAAUCGUAUGCUUAUCUAUUUUGCAUGAUAAUUAAAUGAUUGUAUCAGGUUCAUAAGAUAAAACUAUUAGAUUUUGGAGCAUCAAAUAAUUAGCCACUGUUUAUAUCCUUAGAGACUUUAUAGAAAUUAUUUCAAAGAUAACACUAUCUCCUAAUUGUAAAGAUAUGGCUGUGGCUAUGGAAGAUGGAUCUAUCAGACUCUUUGUUCUUCAGUUUCCUGAAGAUAUUCAUGAUUUAAAAUUAGAUGAAAUUAAUAAUUAAAGUGAUUAUGUCCAUUGUUAUAAAGUCUUUGGAAGAUAAUGUUUGAUAUCUGCAAAAAAUUGUAAUUUAUAAGGUGCAGUAAUAGAACAGGAUGGUAAGUCAUUAGAAGCAUUAUUCCUUUAGAAAGCGGCCAUUAAAGCAGACAAGAAAAAAGACAAGUAAGCAUUUAUUAUUAAUAAUAAAUGAAUAUUUUUCAUAUAAGGAAUUAAAUAAGAAUUAUAUAUAUUAAUUAUUAUAUAAAUAUUUAAUUCUAUAAUUAUUUAUGUAUUUUAAAUAUUUAUUUUUUUCAUUACUUAUAUGGAUUAACUUUGGAAUUAAUACAGAUUAUGACUGUAUUUCAAAUAGACAUUGUUCAAACGAGAUGUAGCAUAUACUGUCACAAGUAUUUAGUGAAAUAUUACAUAGGAAGGAGAAAGUUAAGUAGUUUUGUUCUAUUGUAUGAGGAAUACAAGGAUAUCAUCUUAAUUAUUGAAUGUUAGAUAAUUUAUUGAGUGUCUUAGAGGGAAAUAAACAGAAUAAAUAUAACCUUUGAUAAGAUGUGCAGAUGAGAAUUGUUUGUGA